AAAUAUGAAAUGUGUCACCCACCAGCAGGCCAGAAUGCUGCUACAUAACAAGUUUGUUGUGGUGCUGGGAGACUCCAUUCAACGAUCGGUGUACAAGGAUCUUGUGCUUCUGUUGCAGAAGGAGAAGUAUCUCUCUGUGAAACAACUCAAGAGAAAGGGUGAGAUGAAUUUUGAGCAGGACUGCCUGGUGGAAGGCGGCUGUCUGAAUCAGAUGCACAAUGGGACAAAAUACCAGGAGGUGCGCCAGUACCAGUCUGACCACCACCUAGUCCGAUUUUACUUUCUCACCCGAGUCUAUUCUGAGUACAUGCAAAGCGUCAUGGAAGACUUCCGCCAGGGUUUGAAACCAGACGUGCUCAUUAUCAACUCCUGUGUUUGGGAUAUUUCCAGGUACAAUUCCAGCUGGAAUGACGAUUACAAGGAAAACCUCCAUAAGUUCUUCUGUGAGCUGCAAGAGGUUUUACCUGAGGAAACACUGGUUAUAUGGAGCCUCGCCAUGCCGUUGGGUGAAAGGAUCAGAGGGGGCUUCCUGGUGCCUGAGAUUGAGUAUAUGGUUCCCCGCCUCCGUAACGACGUCAUCGAGGCCAACUUUGACAGCGGCAUUCUGGCUGCCGCUUAUGGCGUAGAUGUGUUAGACUCCCACUUUCAUUUUCGCUUCUCGCUGCAGCAUCGGUCCAAUGAUGGGGUCCACUGGAACGCCUUUGCUCACCGCAAAAUAACGUCCCUCCUCCUGCAGCAUGUUGCAGAGGCCUGGGGCGUGGUAAUGCACUGUUCGGUGACCACUGUUGAAUGUAUCAAUGUUUCUGAUCAUCAGCCGGCCUACAGAAACGCCAACAGACAUGCAGGGUGGUACCCCUCAGAGGAUGACAACAGGGACGAGUUCAGCAGAGAUGGUUUUCCAGCCUUUGGGUAUCUGAGCUUUGAGGAGGAGCAGCAGCAGCAGCCGUGGCACCGUCACCCUCAGACUGCACCAGCUUACCCGCCUAUCUACCACCCGCAGCGCCACCCAUCGUUCCACGACGACAGCUGGGUUAGCAGCGGUAAGAACAGGCUGAGUGCUGAUACGUGA